UACACUACACCUUCAAACGAACUGCAUAAUCGAGUCACUCGUGAAUUGUCACGUGCUCUUUGCGCCUGGAUUGAUGCUCCUACACGCGCACCGAUGGCAGGCGAUAUAGAUGUUCGGCUUGACGAGACUUCUGAAGGGGCUAGCUCAAUCGAUAACUCCAGCUAA